AAAUACCUAUUAAAGAUGGAGACCCUGGUUGCCAGGUUUUGCGUAGAUCUGGCAUCCCUUUCUGCCUCGCUGCCACCGGAACACAUAAACGCCCCACCUCCUCCCCUCUUCCUCCACAGAUGCUGCAGUAAAGUUGGCCGCGCCUGCGCACUUUUGGUCCUCUUUUUCUUGGAAGCGCCCCAGACCCAUUGCACCAUGGCAGAUCCCGAUCUUGACUUCACGACCGGUGAGUCUGGCGCCUCCGCCACCUACCCCAUGCAGUGCUCUGCCCUGCGUAAGAACGGGUACGUGGUGCUGAAGGGCCGUCCCUGCAAAAUCGUGGAGAUGUCCACCUCCAAGACUGGCAAGCAUGGGCAUGCCAAGGUUAACCUGGUUGGUAUUGACAUCUUCACCAACAAGAAGUAUGAAGAUAUGUGCCCCUCCACCCACAACAUGGAUGUUCCUUCCAUCAAGAGGAUAGACUAUCAGCUGGUUAACAUCAAUGAAAACUACAUGUCCUUGAUGAGCGACAACGGUGACAUCAGAGAGGAUCUGCGUGUUCCCGAAAAUGAAGUUGGCAAGGAAAUUGAAGCAAAGUUUGAAGCGGGUGAAGAAUUCAUGGUCACCGUGAUUUCUGCCAUGGGGGAGGAAUGUGCUGUCGCUACCAAGGUCUUGGCCAGCAAAUAGGGAGAUGGACUUUGCUGCCCGGACAACAAGCACCACCCACAACCAGUCUCUUGUAUUCUCAUUGGUUCUGUCACCAAAGCGUCGGCAUUCACAGACAACCUCAAUCAUUCUGUUGAUUAAUCUUCUCCAUGAUCUUUAUUUUUCUCCCCCCCUCCUCCCUUUUGUUCCUCUUCUGCAUUGCUGUUGGGAAUGUUCCACUGCAGCUCGCUGCGUGGUCCUCUGCCUGAUCACUUUGGCAAAACAUUUACUUUAUAUAAAAACAACUUCAAAAAGAUCCACCAGUUGCUCAUUCCUGCUUAUUUUUUGCCUUUCAAUGUGUUGGAUUUGCCACUCACAUUCCUGAAUGUUGAAAAGACGACGGGAUUCAGCUUUUGUAUAAUUCUCUUUUUUUUAUAUUUAGAUUAAACAUAGCAGGUCUUAAGCCUUUUAGGGGAUCGGGGAGGGGGGCAGUUUGAUGCUCAAAGGCAGCGGGAGGGGAGGGUUGUCCCGGUAGAUGCUGAAUUCUCAUUUAGGUCGUCCCAGAAGCCAGCCUGCUUUCCAGAAAGGUGUUUGCUCUGGAUUCAGUGGGCCAGAAAUCUUGUUUUUUCUCCUGAUCACUUGGAUUUGUGGUGGCUAGCACUUAAAGGCACUUGAGGUCCCCCCCCCCCCUUUACCCCUUUACCCCAAGCAUGUCAAAUUUUCAUCCCCAGGAAAGAGAAGCGUUUUGUUUUUUUUGUUUCCCCUCCUCCCCACAGUAACAGAAACGUCAGCGAUUGGCCCUCGUGAUGCCAGGCUUUCCUCUGUAGAGGUUUGAGGGACAUGGCAGUCACCUGCGCCCCCCCCCCCCUCCCCAUAAAACGCAGAGUGUUCUAUUUUGUUUUAAGAGGCGUGAGUGUGUGUGUAUGAGUGUGUCAGUGUGGGCCUCCGACAUGUGGGGGGGGGGGGGCUUGCAGUGAGGUUUGUUUCGAGGGACUCGACCGGGUUGGAGGGUGGUUAAGUUGCAAACUUUUUGUUCACUCGAGGCCUUUGUCACCUGACUGGAGAUGGGAAAAAAUAAAACGAUGAUACAAAUGGACAAAAAUUGUAAA